ACACACGUACACACACGCACACACACACACACACACACACUUGCUGCUCUCUUCUUCCUUUCAUCUCGUUAUUAUACUUUUAAAUCGCUUGUUUUUACAUUUUAAUUUUAAUGCAGAGUGUUUAUAAAAUGUCAUUUGAGUGAGUCGACAGCCAGAAAGGAGUGAAGAUGAAGGUAAAGUCUGAUCAGAUCACGCAUGAGUUUACACCGGGGGAUUUAGUGUUUGCCAAGAUGAAGGGAUAUCCAUUCUGGCCUGCCAGAAUUGGUGAAGGAAAAGCCCCCCAAAAUAAGAUCCCAAUCUUCUUUUAUGGAACACACUCAACAACGUUUCUGUUCCCCAAAGACAUCGUCCUGUACUGGCCAAACAAAGAGAAGUAUGGCCGCACUACCAAACGUGGCGGGUUUGAUGAGGGUAUGUGGGAGAUCGAGAAUGACCCGGGGGUUGGUCUCAGAGGUCAAAAGAAAGCAGCUGUAAUGAAACGACUGGCGGAGAGUCACCUGCAAUCCAAGAAAGCAGUAAAUCAGAGGGAAAAGAACAGCCUGAGUGUUUCCCGUCCAGUGUCGAAGAGUGAUUCAGUGACGACAAAUAAAAGAGAAACUCCGGUGAAAGUCAACAGAACUCCCAAAACAAAGUCUGAAUCUGUUACGGCGAACGAGGAUAAAGCAGCCGGACCGAUAUCGACCCGUUCCAGAGAUUCUGGAGGACCGACGGCCCCCACAAGAGCCCUUCGGACGAAUCGCGCUCCGCCUGCGAGGAAAGAGACCUCAGUGAACACCGUCACAUCAGGAAAGAGGACGCCACAUUCUAGAACAUUAAAAUUAGCCAGACGAGCUGCUGCGGCGAAGACGCUCUCUGCUCGCAGGAAACACGCGCUGCAUGCAAGGAUUAUGUCUGCAGCGAAGAAAAGGACGGAUUCGAAAAAUCAAAAAAAGCCCUUACGAAUCACACGAUCGACUGCGUGUCUGAUUGAGACUGGAGCUGACUUCACCGAGAGACACAGAGUCCAACCGGCCGGUCUGAAACGCAGACGCUCCGAAACCAUGUCUGACGGAAAGGAAGACGCUCUAAUUUCUCUUCCCGCGACCCUCAGCUCCCCUCCGUCGAGUCCAACAGGUUCAAAGAGGAAACGGCAUGGAGAAGAGGACACUUCUGUUCCUGAUGAACCAGAGAAGAACGAGACCAAGAAGAGAAAGAGAGACGAGCAGGAUGAUUGGAGAGAAACACACAUGAAGAGUGAUGCUCUGAGCGUCGUUGAGAAGCAGGAGAGAAAAGAUGAGCAGACACCCAACGAUGAAGAGCGCUGUAAGAUCCUGGCAGAGAAGAGGCAGAGCGUUUUGAAGUCUCUGCAGGGUUUGGUCACGUCCACCAGAGGAAAAACGCAAACAUCUACGACUGAACAAACCACCACGGCUAAAACGACGCCGCCUGAGGAGGUGCAGAAACAGCCCAAGAGGAAUUUUGGAGCCCGAUGUGAGAACCGUGACCAGAUGAAACCAACAGAGGAGGAGAGAAAAGAUGCAGAGCAGAACGGAGAACAGGAAACCAAGAACACCGAUACGACCGCGAGCAGGAUGACACUGCCUGAGGAAGUGCAGAAACAGCCCGAGAGGAAUCGUGGAGCCCGAUGUGAGAACCGUGACCGGAUGAAACCAACAGAGGAGGAGAGAAAAGAUGCAGAGCAGAACGGAGAACAGGAAACCAAGAACACCGAUACGACCGCGAGCAGGACGACACCACCUGGGGAGGUGCAGGAACAGCCCGAGAGGAAUCGUGGAGCCCGAUGUGAAAACCGUGACCGGAUGAAACCAACAGAGGAGGAGAGAAAAGAUGCAGAGCAGAACGGAGAACAGGAAACCAAGAACACCGAUACGACCGCGAGCAAGACGACACUGCCUGAGGAGGUGCAGGAACAGCCCGAGAGGAAUCGUGGAGCCCGAUGUGAGAACCGUGACCGGAUGAAACCAACAGAGGACGAGAGAAAAGAUGCAGAGCAGAACAGAGAACAGGAAACCAAGAACACCGAACAGCGGAUCAAUAACAGCACAGAGGACAACGGCAGAGAUCGGUCUCUGUCCGUCACAGACUCGUUACUCUACCGUCUCCACGGCGACAUCAGAAUCUCAAUGACGCUCGACAACCCGGAUGUGAGGAAGUGUUUAUUGGCUCUGGAUGAGUUGAGUAAAGUCCCCGUCUCGUCUCGACACAUUCAGAACCACAGCGAACUCAUAGACACCCUCCGAAAGAUGCGCUGGUUUCGUGGCAGUGAAGCGAUCAUGUUCAAAGCUUCGAUGUUGUAUCACCGCUUUAAAAACAUCUACCUCAUCGGAGACGCAGAUGAAACCCUGAGUCAAGAGUACAUCACCACACUGCAGGAGGAGAGAGAGACGGAAGAGAGACAGAGAGCAGAGAGACAGGAUGACACACAGACAGAUGCUGGAGCAGUUAUCGGUCUGACCGGCGUCUGCAAGAACACCACAGACACCGAACACCUGCCUCACAGUGCGGAGCACAAGAGCUGACGGGACCGCUGCAGUUCACUUCCUGUUUUUAACUUCAACUGUUCUACAUUGGGACUUCACUGUUGGGGAGUUUUCUGAUCUUUCAUGCAGUUAUUUAUUUCCCUUUGAUUAUCAACAUCUGUGUAAUUCACGACUCCCCUCACUGAAUCCUCAUACUGCUGGCCUGAGGUCAGAUUAUUACCAUCGUAUAUGCACCUCAUAGUUUAAUACCAUAUUACUACUUCACUGAUAUCACUAACAUCCCAUUAUGUGUUGGGGUUUUUGGCUGCACUGUGCCUUUAAAUGUGUUGCAGGCCAGAGCGGUGUUUGUGUGUCUCAUCUUCAGCGUGUCGGGACACACAUGCACUUGGAGAAAACAGAGUUCACUGGUACAUGUGUGAUGUUUGUGUUCCUCCUGUGAGUCUCCAUCAGCACACAGUACAGCUCACACCUCACCAAACGUGUGUGUGUGUGUGUGUGUGUGUGUGUGUGUGUGUGUGUGUGUGUGUGUGUGUGUGUGUGAGUGAGAGAGAGAGUGUCUGUGAGAGAGAGUGUGUGUGUUUUAAGUCUGAUCUACAUGAAAGUGUGUGUGUCUGCGAGAGAGAGAGAGUGUGUGUGUGAGAGAGAGAGAAAAUGUGUGUGUGUGUGUGAGAUUAAUAAAUGUUUAUGGUGACUGACAGGAUGUACACACAUUGAGAUCAGUGAAAUAUCAUUAAACUCCUGAAGCAUUAAGUCACAGCAGCAUUAUAUGUAUAUAAAGUGUUUCAUUGAUCACUGAUGGCCGUUACUCAUCCUGACCGUAAACACCACACUACGAUUGAAGACUGUGGGAUAGUUCCUGAACACGUACAUGUGUGCGCAUGUCAAACACAAGCAUUAUGUGGAGCUGUGCACAGGGCAGCUACAUCAUUAAUAUCGGUGCUAACACAACAGAUCACAGCAUUGUGUGUGUUGAUAUUACUGUUAUAAGUGCUGCUUAUGUUCUCAUUUUACAGCAUUAUUGUGUUCAAACUUGGUGUCAUAUUCUGUGAAUUAAAGUUCAACUUUUCAACAUGUCUCUCGACC